AUGGUGAAACAUGGGGAUACUUACAAGAAGUUACAACCAAGAGACCACGAGGCCCCAUCCACAAGUCAUGUGAAUAUGAUUGGUGUGAUUGUGUGCACUACAGAGGACACCCAAAACACCACCAACUACCUUGGAUCACAUGUUACAGCAACGCCUGUGGAGACCAUUAUGAUCAAAAGAAAAUGGCACACUACUUUCCACAACGACCUCAAAGGAAGAACAACAGUUGCCCUUGUUGGGAUUGGAACUGUGCAUGCAGAGGAUAUCUACUGCAUCCAGAGCAUUCAAGUAUGCACUGGACUGCGUGCUAUGAAGACAACUGCAUAA